AUGGCGUCGUCCUGGCUUCGGGCGAUGAUCGUACUGGUCCUGAUGGCGGGGUCCUGGCCCGCUGCCGCCGCCGACCCGCAGCAUCUGUGCGGCUCGCACCUGGUGGACGCCCUCUUUCUGGUGUGCGGAGACCGCGGCUUCUUCUACAACCCCAAGAGGGACGCGCACAUAGACACACACGGUUUCCACCCGCCGAAGGUUGGCGUGGCAGCGGGCGGCAACAAGGAGGUGGUGGAGCUGGCCUUCCAGGACCUCCAAGAUCAUAUGGAGGUGCUGGUUAAGAGAGGCAUUGUGGAGCAGUGCUGCCACAAGCCGUGCAACAUCUUUGACCUGCAGAACUACUGCAACUGACCGCUAGCCAAAAUGAAUUGACAUGAUUUUUUCCUAAAAAAAAGUAACUUUUCUGAAUUGACAGAAGUUUGAAGAUGGCGUUGGAUCAUUUCAUAUUUAUUUAUUUUUUUCUUCAAAGUGCUGCCUUGAGAUAGGAACCACCAGACCUCCAAGCUUUUUGAUAUACGAGCUGUUGUUGGGCUGAUCGCUCUGACUUGAGAGCCCAAACUCGAGAUAAGAGCAAUGCAUGGUUGCACUCAACUUAUCUCACUUGAGUAUAAGCAGCAGUUUGGUAAAUUGUGAACUCUUCAUCACAAAAGAGGUUUCAAGUUGUUGCUUGCCAAUCAGUUCAAGUUGAUGCUAACCUUAAACAAAAGA